UCCUCAGUCUUGACUCGGUAGUCAAGCAAAGAUGAUACUGCUGGUCGCUUGUCUCAGCCUUCUAAUUGGCCCCGGUGAACUGGGCCUGCUGAACAAUGGCCCUUCCGUCGGCGUGACAGCUGUUCUAGGACUCGGUGCGCUACCUUUUGGAUUAGCCGCUGGACCCAGGUACGUCCCGAAAUGGAAAAAGCAGGCCUGCGAAAUACCGGCUUCUCAGCAUCCGAACUCUCACUACGUUUGCGACGAGGCCGGCGAAGUAAAAUGCUUGCCAGGAUGGACCGGCGAUUUGUGCGACGUGCCAAUCUGUCGGAAGGGCUGCGACCCUCUUCAGGGUUACUGCCGUCGACCCGGCGAAUGUCGCUGCAAAUUGGGCUUCUAUGGCGAGCUCUGCGACAAGUGUGUGGCUCUGCCGGGAUGUCAGCAUGGCAGCUGUAACGUGAGCUUCGAGUGUUCCUGCGACCCAGGAUGGAAAGGUAUGUUCUGCUCGGAGCCGAUUUGCGCGACCGAUUGUCUGGCCAGCCAGGGGUACUGCGAGAAGCCCGGCGAGUGCAGGUGUCGUUUGGGUUGGCAAGGACCGAAGUGCAAACAGUGCGCCGUUCUACCAGGAUGUGUACACGGGACAUGUCAAGGACCUCUCGAAUGUCGCUGCGAACCUGGAUGGACUGGUCUUCUUUGCCAAACGCCACUCUGCUCGCAAGGAUGCAGCCGCGAGCACGGCGGCUGUCGUCGCCCGGGCACCUGCAGGUGCCGCGUCGGCUGGACAGGUCCGAACUGCACCGAAUGCGUCGGUUAUCCCGGCUGCGUCCACGGGUCCUGCAAGCGUCCAUGGGAGUGCCGCUGCGAGCCAGGCUGGGCGGGCGACCUCUGCGACGAGAAGCUGACAUACUGCGACGAGCAUCCUGUAACAUGCCGCAACAAUGCAACUUGCAUCAGCAUGACGAAGGAGGACGGCAACUACAGAUGCGUGUGCCCCCUCGGCUACAUGGGACGCCAGUGUCAAAUUAAGACAAUGGUCCCGUCGACGGACCUGAUGCCACCGUUGCCGGAUUCGGCCGAUUUGGAGGCGAAGCCGCAGAUGAUUCUACUGAAGCCGGAACUGUCCGAGGGCUCGCAGAGCCACGACAAGGACGCGGACGCCGCGAAAGAGGAGCAACAAACUGCCGAACCUCUCGGGCCCAUCGUUAUCACCGAUCCGUCGACUAUCGAUCCCGCGGCCACCGUGGGGAAAUGGCCAACCGAGUCGCCGACGGAACCGCCGUCCCCGGAAAGGGACGACGAAAACGAAGCAUAAGACGCGGCCAAACGGCGCGCGCCUCGUCGACUGUUAUUUAUUUAAUUUAAUUUAUUUAUUCACGUGUGCACCAUCGGGCCGUGUAUCAGCGGUACAACCGAUUAAGAUUUCUUUUUUCUUUUUUUUUAGCUAUUUCUAAGUGAUAUUAAGCUAGGAUAAACGAUGUAGCGAGCAGAAUCCUGCGAGGUAAAUAAAUACAAUCAAAAGAUGA